AUGUUUAAGGGUGACGCCAGUGAUUUACCCUCUUCUUCUGCUGCUCCUGCUGGUGGUGGCGGCGGCCGUGGUUGUGAUGGUGGUUGUGAUGGUGGUGGUGGUGGUUGUGAUGGCGGUGGUGGCGGCGGUGGUUGUGGUGGUGGUGGCGGCAGUGGUUGUGGUGGUGGUGGCGGCGGUGACGGUGGUGGUUGUGAUGGUGGUGGCGGCGGUGACGGUGGUGCUGGCGAUGGUGGUUGUGGCUGCGGUGGUGGUGGUGGUUGUGAUGGUUGUGGUGGCGGUGGUGGUGAAUUUGAGCAUACUCACUCCCUCAUCAUUCCUAUGAACAACCCUGGUGGAGGGAUGAGUGCAGAGGCAGAGAGAUCUUCGUCUGAAUUACACAACCCGCGUCAGUUUAGUGGCUUUCUUCAUUUGGAGGAAGAGACUCAGAUGGAGGAUGCCAUUCGCAGGGCUAUCAACAGCCUUUCACCUCAUGAUUUAAACUGUUUGCUCAAUAAUGAUUAUGAUGAUGAGGAACAGGGGAACACUCAAGAGGUGAGCUUUUAUUAUUUCUCUUUCCUAGACACUUACCAUUCAUAAUACUUAUAUUGUUAGCACUCACAGCAUGUUUGCCUUCUUUGAUAUGAUUCAAAGUGAGCAAUGCUCCGGGAACCAAUAUUGAUACAUCCGAGAAGAAGAAGAUGAACCCCGUAUGAUGAUGCACAAGGAAGUAAGUAAGACCGGAGUCAAAAGAGCUGGUUUCAUUCACAGGUUGAUACAAAGAUUCGUCAAGAAAAUCAAGCUAUGUUCUUCUAUCUCAAGAACAUGAUACCACUAAAAAUGAGAUCGAUUAAGAGUACCUUUUACAAUUUCCAAGUAUGAGUUAUGUCUAUCUUGUAACUUUUUCGUAUUGUAUGCAUAUCCACUACAUCUAAAAAAGUGAAUUUGUGAUCAGAAGGUGGCAAUACAAGACAAACUUGUGUUAUUUCAAUUGAUACAACUCUAAUCAAAGACGUACCAAUCAACCUCCACUCAUCUGUGGCCCUAACUAAUCUCCACACAUACACACAAAAAAAAACUGCCUGUCAACCUUGCUAAAAAUAAAUCAUUUAACAAAAAAUGACAAGUCUUUUUAAAAAAUGGAAAUUCAAAAAGCUAAGUUCAAGUAUUGAGAGAGAUUGUGAGCUCAAAACUUAUGAAAGCAUGAAACGUUCACAAUAUUUUUUUUUAAGUAUAUUGAAAAAGAGCUAGGAAAAAUAUAUUUCUAAAUUUGUUCAAACAAGAAUUUGCAUCAAGCAGCCAUUUUCUUGAAGCAGUUGAAACUUGAAACUGGUUGAGCCUUUGUCUAAAAGGAAGAGUCGUGUUAGUUCUAAUGAUCCCACGUGGCCCGAUUAAAUGGCAUAUUUAGAUUCGCUCGUUGUGAGCAUUCAAAACAUUCCUGGCCCACUGACUUCACUGUUCCGUACAUAUUUUAUAGGAAGAUGGCAAAGAAAGUAUUUCCCUUCCAGUUGGCAACUAAAAUGAUUUCCUUAUAUAAAACUGUUUUUUUUUUCUGGUCAAAUUUCUUAAAGUUGUCUAAAAUUCGAGUUCGUCCUUG